CAAGGACGUAGAUUUUCCAAGAAGACAAAAUGCUAUGUGGAGGACUUUGGAAACAUUCCAAUGUAUGCUGGAGCUGAGGAAGAAACUGUUCCACUGGGACGAAUGAAACGACAGAGACCAAAGACUUUAAUGGGACACUUUGCAUAUUUCUUCUUGUGGUCAUGCCCAUCACCUUUCCUAAUGAGGAAAGCCAUUUUGCCCAGCAGUGCAUUUUAUGUAAGAUGGGAAUUUUUCAGGAGCAUGUUAGCAAUCGCUGUCAGCAUCAUUACCUCAUUGCUUAUUGCAUUUUUACACGUCAGAAUGGAGCUGUGGAUUGUUUGUUACAUACUUGGAUUGUGUUGUUGGGUGGACAUUUAUAUCCGCAUGCAUGUUGCUUUCUAUGAAGACAAUGAUCUCAAAGUUGACACCUUGGAAACAGCACAUCAUUAUGUCAAAACCGGGUUCCUUGUAGAUUUCAUAACCUGCUUUCCUUGGGAACUUGUGGGUUGGAUUGUGAUUUCACCAUUUGGUGAGAAUGGAUUUUAUGCCAAUAAUGAAGCAUUGCAUCUUUAUGCAUACUUUAGGAUUCCACAUAUUUUCCAGUUAUAUCGCAUUCCCUUUGCAUUUUCAUUCUUGCAAGUUGACAUUACUGCUGAAAGGAACGCCAUUACUGUUUUGAAGUUGUUGGUAUAUUCUGCUCUUUUCGUGCACUUCACCACUUGUAUUGCCUUUGCAAGCUCAUGCCCUGCUGCAGACCUUUAUGGAAACAUAAGUGACUAUUUCUUACCAGUGACAAAGCACAAUUUAUGUGUUGUUGGAUUUGGGGACAUCUAUCCAUCUCUAACUGCAAUGAAUGGGGAUGGUUAA